AUGCCAAAACAGCUGCAGCACAAGAAGCACAACGUCUAGAAGGUUUGAAGAUGGAAGGUGAAAGAGGGCGAAGAGAACAGAUGGAAAAAGCUAGAUUACGGGGAAGCCAUGCUUUGAGAAUGGUCCAUUUGGAACAGGACAGGAAAAGACUAAUGAAGGAGCUCGAGCAGAUGCAGCAUGUUGACCUGGAGCGGCGAAGACAGAUAGUUUCACAGAUGCCACCUCAGCUGUUUGAACCUCCGUAUAGACGUAUGGAAAUUAAAGAUGACUGGCAGAGAGAGCUGGAAUUUGCCUUUGAAGAUAUGUAUACUGGUGAAAAAAGGGUGAAAGGUGACCUGAUUUUACGUCUUGAGCCACACCCUUUGCCUCUUGAUUCGGCUGGUACCCAGGAUGAGGAUCUGGAUUUAUCAUUUCAGCCUGAAAUUGUAGAGAAUAUUGAGCAGCAGUCUGCAGAAGAACAGAAAGAGGAAGUACUGUCUGAUAAAGCAGAAUCAGUUGUGGCUCCUCAGGCUCCUUCUAAACUAGCCUUGAAAAAACUGUUGAACAAAAUUAGAACACAGAAAGAUACAUGGACAUCCAGGAGCACAGAAUCAAGUGAUAGAAUGACAACUGAAUCAGGGCCGUUCAGCAGUGAAGAAAGACAUCCAGCUGUAGUACCAGUGCCUGUAAUGGAUGUUAAAUCUGCUCCUCAUCAAAGUUUACCUUAUUUCAGUCAAGAACGAGAACUGAUAGAAUAUGAAGAACUAUCUAACAGGCUAUACAUCCUAUCUUGGUAG